UUAAUAAUCGCUAGUCGUCCUUGUUGUACGAAAAGAGAAAGUAAACUAAAUGCGAAGUAUUGUGUCUUGUACAAGUUUCUGUGCUAAUAAAGUUUUAAUCGAAUAUUUAAAUGUAAUGUCUCUUAGGUGGUGUUUGUUUAAUUUUUAAUACUUAGCUUUUUAAAAUAUGGAAGAACAUUCGUCUGUGGAUAUCAGCAUAAGGAACGUAGCUGUUAGGCUUAAUGAUUCAAACGUUGGAGGUUCAGAAAUGAAUGGUGAAUGUGUGAAUAUUUACAUCCCCACAUCUGGAGAAAAUGAAACUUCUGUUACCCAUUUUAAUGAAAAUUGUGAAGAAAACUGUGCUAUUACAUCCUCCGAUAUUUCAGAUGAAGUACGUGAAAAACUUCGCGUUUCUCGAGAUCGCAGUGGCAGUUGUGGAUUACUAAAUGGGUGUAGCAAAUUAUUACAUGAUGAGAUGAAAUGUGUUGAUUUUUCUGUGAAUGGUAUGAGGAUGUGCAGCAAUUUCGAAAGAAUAAAUGCCCAUAUAGAUCAAAUGAAUAAUAGGACGUGUAUAGAAAGCACUACAGAUAAUAGAACAGACAUUCAAAGGACCGAAAGCGAAUCAAUCCAAGACAAUUUAAAGAAAUCCGGUGAUUCCUCCCAAAAUACCUUAUCUAGUAACGUGUCAUCUACAGAAAAAAAAUACUGUAAUGAUACACUCAAUGAUAAUAGUGAAGUUUUAAGUGAUAAAAAUGUACAGGAAAUAUCAAGUGUAUCAUCAGGAUCAGAUGUAGAAAAUGAUGUGAGCAUAACAUAUUUAGGUUAUGAAUCUGAAAGUCAAAUGCCAGAUAUAAUGAGGUUAAUACAAAAAGAUUUAUCUGAACCAUAUUCAAUUUACACAUAUAGAUAUUUUAUUCACAACUGGCCCAAACUAUGUUUCUUGGCUCAACAUGGAGAACGUUGUGUUGGUGCCAUUGUGUGUAAGCUGGAUGUGCAUAAGAAGCAUAGUCGCCGAGGUUAUAUAGCAAUGCUAGCAGUUGAUGAAAAUUAUAGGAAAAGAAAAAUUGGUUCAAAUUUAGUUUUGAAAGCCAUACAUGCUAUGGUGCAAGAUAAUGCGGAUGAGGUUGUUUUAGAAACUGAAAUAACCAAUAAACCUGCUCUAAGACUUUAUGAAAAUCUGGGGUUUGUUCGUGACAAGAGACUUUUUAGAUAUUAUCUGAAUGGUGUAGAUGCCUUGCGAUUAAAGCUGUGGCUGAGAUGAAAAAGGAUGCUCACGUGCUUUAUGCGUGCAGUUCAUGUUUCUUUAAAUUGUCAAAUCUUUCUCUAUACUGUUUAAAAAGGAAUGUAUAUUUUAGAAAUCAGUGUUCUGCCAGCUGCAAACACAAUUCAUUUUCUUAUCACUUUGUUUUUCAUGGAGAACAUCUAAUAAGAAUGUAAAAUAAGAUUAUUCAAAGUUAUAUACUGCAAGAAGGUAAGCAAAGCUAAGUGUGUUACAUUUAGUUUGAACUAUCUGUGGUGACUUUCUUGUACAUUAUCUUCAAAUCAAAAAUAUUUCCUUGUAGCCUAAUGUAAAUGUUGAUUUCUCUCAAGAUACUAUAUAACAUUUGUUUUAAAUAUAAAUUUAAUUAUUUAAAGGCCAAAUUGAUAUAAUCCAGAAAAUUUGUUACUUAUUUUGCAAGGAAUAGUUCUGUGUCACUUUUCCAAAAAUUUUAGUCUGAAUAUAAGAAUUGCUAGUCAAGUAUCUUAAUAAAAUUUUACUUAUCAGUUUAUGACAAAAUUGGUAAAUUUUUUACACUUCCAGGGUCAUAUAAAUUAAAUUUGCUUAACUCUCUUUUACAUAUAAAUGUAUUAAUUUUUUUUUUUUUUUUUUUUUUUUUUUCCAAGAAAUCAUGGAAUAUUUGUUGAAUUAUUGAAAUCUUGCAUUAUCUCUAGUUUUAUCAAUUUUUUUGUAAAUUGCUGGAGUAAAUCUUUAUGUGAAAAGAUUACGUGAUAUUACGUGUAUCCCUAUGUAUGAAAAUUUUAAUAGUGUAUGACAUUGUCUUGUAUGAGCGACUGCUUGAAUUUUGAGUGAAACCCCAUUUCUGAAUUGGUAUUCAUAAUACUUAUUUUAUGACUAGAUGAGUUUAUGAUGUUUAAUGUAUAUGUUUUAUAAUGUAGAAUUUUUUGAAUUGAAAAUGAGCUGUUAAAUAAAAAUAUCUUAUGAUUAUGGCUA